GCGGUAAUGAGCUGCUGCCACCCGCCAUUCAACCGAAGAAGAAGAAGCGGCCAACUACACGUGACGUCAUCGGCCCGCGCCGCAUAGUAGCAACGUGGGUAAUCUGAGGAGAGAAACACGCUUGGAAAGAGAGGGACUGUUUCCAACUCAAAGUGUGUCGGCAUGGCGUCGCUGGAGGAGCCGGAGGUCCAGUUCGCUCAGAGGUUAGCGGGCAACGAGAGGUCCACCAGGAGCAAGGCCUUGAAGAAGCUCAGGAAGUACAUCAGCGUCCGCUCCCACAACCCGACGGGAGGUUUCACAUCUGUUGAGCUGCUCAAAUUGUGGAAGGGCCUCUUUUACUGCUUAUGGAUGCAGGACAAACCUCUGAUGCAGGAGGAGUUGUCUCGUAACAUCUCCACGCUGAUCCACAACUUCCACCAGUUUGACACUCAGUUGUUGUACUUGGAGAGUUUCCUCCAGACUGUGAAGAGAGAGUGGACCGGCAUCGACAGGCUGCGGAUGGAUAAAUUCUUCCAGCUGGUUCGCUUCAUGUUCAGACAAACCUUUGAGCUGCUGAAGAAGAACAGCUGGGACAGCGGUGAGAUCAGCAAGUUUGUGGACCUGCUGACAGCUGAGCUCCUGCAGAGCAGCAGCGAAGCGCCCAGCGGCCUGCAGCUCCACGUCCUGGACCUGUACCUGACCGAGCUGGCAGCGGUAGGCUCAGCGGAGCUCACUGCUGAUCAGAGCCUGGUUUUCAUCGUGCCGUUCUGCAAAAUCGCAGCCAAGACCAAAGACGCGAUGCUCCUCGGCGCCAUCUGCAGCAGCAUCUUCAGCACCAUCAUCGACCAGGCUCCCUUCGCCAUCCAGGACCUGAUGAAGGAGCUGAAAGCGGCGGACUCGGACUCAGGACAGGCAUCGGAUGAGGAGGAGGAGGAGGAGGAGGAAAAACCAGCAGGGAAAAACAAGAAGCACAAGGAGGAAAAACCAGCAGAGAAAAACAAGAAGCACAGCACCAGUACAUCAAAGGAGGAAGAUGAUGGUGAUGGUGAUGAUGAUGAUGAUGAGAUGGACUUGGAGCACCCAGACAGCGAGCUGCAGGACGACAUUGGACCUGUCUUACAGUUUGAUUACUCGGCUGUAGCAGACAAGCUGCUGGAGCUGUCCAGCCGGAGCAGCACGCCGGCCUCAAACAGACAGAGACUCUACAAAAUCAUCAAAGUACUCCGGAACCUCAGCGAAGGCAUCUUCCCCCAGGAGGAGUUUCCAGAGGAGGUCUCCACCGACGAGGACGACGACAUGUUUGCCACCCGGAAGAAGCUGAAGAGAUUCAAGAGGAAAGGCCAGAUAGACGGGGACCUGGACGGCUCGCCUGCAGCCAAGAAAAUGAAGAAGAAAAAGACUGAGGACAAACAGAGUGAGGGCAGUGAGCCAGCAGAUGCAGACUCCAGUCACGAAAAGAAAAAGAAGAAGAAGAAGAAGAAGAAAAAAAAGAAGGCAGCGGUGAACAGUCAAGGAGCAGAAAACGGGGUUGGAGGUUCGGAGAGUUCACCAGAUUGUGCAAAAGAAGCGAAGGAACCAUCAGGAGCUCUGGAGACGCCUGACCCUGUCCCAGAGGAGCCCCGCCCCACUGAGCCAGUGGACCAAUCACAGGAGACGGUGGCCGACACGGAGAUGUCCUCCGAAAAAGGUAGUCCUUCCCCAAAGAAAAGGAAGAGGAAUAAGAAGAAGAAGGCGGCGGCGGCCCUUACAGGUGAAGUAGAAAAAGAGUCGGUGUGUGAAACGGCAGCAGCGCCUCAGACGGAAACUCCCGGUAACGCUGGAGGGAAGACUGGAGCAGAGGUCUCAGCGGUCAGCAGCCCGGCCGGCGACGCUGUGGCGGCUCCACCCGAGACGGACGUUCAAACUCCUGCAAAGAAGAAGAAGAAGAAGAAGAAACAGAAAAGUCCGAAGGAGGCAGGAACGGAGCAGCCUGACGCCGAGGCCUCCGGACAGACGGUGACCGGCGACGCCACGCCUGCCCAGAACGAGGAGGAGGGUCCGCCGCCGCCGCCGCCGGACGACGUGCAGGUCAAUGGAGCGAGCUCAGAGACAGACGCCACACCGCAGCUGACCCACGCCACGGCCAAGAGGAAGAGCAAGAGGAAGAGCCUGAAGGCCGCAGACACGCCCUCGCCACCAGCCAAGGCGGAGCCGGAGGCCGAAACCGGCGAACCACCACAGAAGAAGAACGAGCAGCAGCAGCCGCCGCCCGAGGUCGCCGUGACAACCACGCAGCAGGAGGCAGGUCAGAUCGGCGCGGAGCAGACGGCCGACAGCAUGGAGGAAACUCCGGUGGUCCUCGGCUCGGGAAAGGCAGCCAAGAAGAAGAAGAGGAAGAUCCCCGUGGUGUUUGAGUUCGAGGCGGACGAGCUGGAGGCCGCCGCCGCCGAUCACACAGAAGACACGGCUCCAGAGACAAGCUCUCUGAACAAAGAUCCUGCCGAGCAGCAGACGCCCGCCGCCAGCCAGAAGAAGAAGAAGAAGAAGGUUAGUGCAGCGCCGCAGCCCGACUUCAUCUCCUUUCAGAGCAAAGCCGCUGUCCCAACGCCGCUCUUCUGCAGGAUGAGGGGAAACCCCGAGGCCCAGAAGGCGGGGAAGAAGUCGGCAGCGAGCAUAAAGCCGGUCAGAGCCGCGAAGAGUCAGAUUCCUAAUUCAGAGUCUAAGAAGGUGACCUUCGGUCUGAAGAACAACAGGACGGCAGAGUUCAAGAAGACUGACCGCAGCCUCCUGCUGAGUCCAGAUGGGUCGUCCCGAGUGGCGUUCGACCCGGCGCAGAAACCCAAGUGUGGCGUGUUGAAGUCUCCGCUCACACGGCUCUCCGCCGGCGGUGCCAAGAAGAGCGGCGUGGGGACUCCCAACAGCACGCCCAAACGCCACAAACGGCCCGCGGCAGCAGACUUCUUCUGACCGCCCGCCCUGCCUGGGUGUAGAUACACAUCUUCCUCGUGAGCUGCUGUUUUACAGAGAGUAUUUUUAUGUUCACAUGACUGUUGAGUGACUCCGUGUUUGAAUAAAGUUACUCGUUCCAUUUU